AUGGCAAAAUACGACUACAAUCCGAAGUAUGGGUUAGAAAAUUACAGUGUCAUCCUGCCGUUUGAAACGACGUUCGAUGCCUACCGCUCAACGACGUGGAUGCAGAACCAUUGGUAUCAAUCAGUAACAGCGUCUGCCGUUUAUGUAGCAGUAAUUUUCACUGGAAAGAAGAUCAUGGAGAAGUACAAGCCAUUUCAAUUGGAUACUCCACUUUUUAUCUGGAACUCAUUUCUUGCCAUUUUCUCAAUCCUCGGGUUCCUCCGAAUGACACCUGAGUUCAUUUGGAGUUGGUCAGCUGCGGGUAACUCGUUCAAAUACUCCAUUUGCCAUUCGUCAUACGCUCAAGGAGUCACCGGUUUCUGGACUGAACAAUUCGCGAUGAGCAAGCUUUUCGAGCUCAUUGACACUGUCUUCAUUGUUCUCCGUAAACGUCCGCUCAUCUUCCUCCACUGGUAUCAUCACGUCACCGUUAUGAUCUACACAUGGCACGCUUACAAGGACCACACCGCUUCCGGACGUUGGUUCAUCUGGAUGAAUUACGGAGUGCACGCUCUCAUGUACUCUUACUAUGCUCUUCGUUCGCUCAAAUUCCGUCUUCCAAAACAAAUGGCAAUGGUUGUUACUACUCUUCAACUUGCUCAAAUGGUCAUGGGAGUCAUCAUCGGAGUCACCGUGUACCGCAUCAAAUCAUCGGGAGAAUAUUGCCAACAAACUUGGGAUAACUUGGGACUGUGCUUCGGAGUUUACUUCACCUAUUUCCUUCUUUUCGCCAACUUCUUCUACCACGCCUACGUCAAGAAAAACAACAGAUACACCGAAGUCAAAAAGGAGAAGAAGCAAGAAGAGGUUGCCCCAAUCGAAAUCAUGGAACUGAAAGAGGAUAUCAAUGCUAACAUCGCAGAGCCAUCUAUCACCACGAGGUCCGUUGCCGCCCGACGAAAAGUUCACAAAGCUGAUUAG